AUGUCGCUUUACAUGCGUAGCUCUACACGAGCACUGGGCUCUGCCAAGGCCCUCACAAAACAUACCCUCUCUGGCAUCCGGGCCUACUCCUCCACCGGCGAGCCAGACCUCAAGACGACACUCAAAGAUAUUAUCCCCGCCAAGCGUGAGCUCCUCAAAAAAGUCAAGUCUCAUGCGAACAAGAAGAUUGGCGACGUAAAAGUCGAAAACACUCUAGGUGGCAUGCGUGGUUUGAAGGCCAUGGUAUGGGAGGGUUCCGUCCUCGACGCAAACGAGGGCAUCCGCUUCCACGGGCGGAGUAUCAAGGACUGUCAACGUGAGCUUCCCAAGGGUCGCACAGGCACCGAGAUGCUUCCCGAGGCCAUGUUCUGGCUGCUCUUGACGGGCCAAGUGCCCUCCACUGGGCAAGUCCGUGGUCUCAGUCGCGAGCUGGCCUCUAAGGCGGAUAUCCCAGCUUUUGUGACCAAGAUGCUCGACGACUUCCCCGUUGACCUGCAUCCCAUGACACAGUUCGCUAUGGCCGUCUCGGCACUCAACUACAACUCCAAGUUUGCCAAAGCAUACGAGGGCGGUCUCAACAAGGCCGACUACUGGGGGCCCACAUUCGACGACUGCAUCGACUUGCUCGCCAAGCUGCCCACCAUUGCCGCCAAGAUCUACCACAACUCGUACCGGGGGGGAGGUGCUCUUCCCGCCUCGGUAGACCUCGAGCAGGAUUGGUCGUAUAACUUUGCCGCCAUGCUGGGCAAGGGCGGCAAAGAGAAUGAGAACUUCCAGGAUCUCCUGAGGCUGUACCUCGCCCUGCACGGCGACCACGAAGGCGGCAAUGUGUCGGCACAUGCCACGCACCUGGUGGGAAGCGCCCUUAGUGACCCCUUCCUGUCUUACAGCGCCGGUCUUCAAGGCCUUGCCGGCCCCCUCCAUGGCCUGGCAGCCCAGGAGGUACUCCGGUGGAUCCUGCAGAUGAAGGAUGCCAUUCCAUCGUCAUACUCGGACACCGACGUGCACGACUACCUAUGGACAACACUCAACUCCGGCCGUGUGGUCCCGGGGUACGGUCACGCCGUCCUGCGCAAGCCAGACCCUCGCUUCGAAGCGCUGAUGGACUACGCCGCCACUCGACCAGAGAUCGCACAAGACCCUGUCUUCCGCCUUGUACAGACCAACAGCCGCAUCGCCCCGGAUGUCCUCAAGAAGCAUGGCAAGACAAAGAACCCUUACCCCAACGUCGACUCCAGCUCUGGCGUGCUCUUCCACCACUACGGCUUCCACGAGACCUUGUACUACACUGCCACCUUUGGUGUGUCGCGUGGUCUGGGACCACUUGCCCAACUCAUCUGGGAUCGUGCCCUUGGCCUGCCCAUUGAGAGGCCCAAGAGCAUCAACCUCGAGGGUAUACUCAAGCUAGUUGAGGGGCAAUAA